AUGACCAUGAUGUUCUUUGCCCAGCCCGACUGCCCCGUGAGGUUCGCCCACCAGGACGAGCACCGCUACGCUCCUCCGGGCGGCGGGGAUGAUAACGAUGUCUCCCCCCUCUUCUUUAGCUUGAAUCUCUCAAUCUACGGCCAGCCGGUCGUCGACUCGGAUUGGUCUGAGCAGUGGUUCUUUAUGUCCGGCCGCGUCCAUCCGUACGCCCUCGCCUGGGAGGUCGAGCGCCGCGACGGUCUCGAGGCCGACGUCGGCGAGACUCUCCUCUAUACGAUGCCCGCCCUCGUCGUCCGCGACCAGGGCUACCAGCCCGUCCUCCCGCGCUCCUUGGCACCCGACGGCCACUUCCCCUCGACGCCUCCUGUUGUCUCCUUUCACGGCGUCGUCGCCGGCUCCGGACUUGACCUCCUGCAGGCCGAUCUUCUUCCUGGGCUACCACCCUUUCAGGUCUUUGUCAUCUUUCCCAUCUAUGCCAACCCUUGGCUCGUCGCCGGCCUUCUCGAUCAUGGCGUGAUGUGUGUCCCGCCCGGCUCGGACCGCGAUUACGUCUUCGUCGUCGUCCCGGAUAGCUGGACUUUCCAUGAUAGGUCUUCCGCCGCUGCCGCCUCCGCUUCCCCGCUGGCCCAGCCCCUGAGGCGUCAACCCUCUUCCACCUCCUCUGCGUUUGACCUCGUCCGCGCCGCCUCCUACUCGCUUGCUACGCCGCCUUCGACCGCGCCGCACACGCCUUCCAAGGCUCCGGGCCCGCCUGCCGAUGCGCCUGUGACGCCGCCGCCCAAGCGGGCCUGCUCGGCCGUGGCCGACUCCCCGAUUAAGAGGUCGCGCACCUUGCACCAGCACCAUUCGCUUCCUUCCUCCUCUUCGAGCACUGUUGGCUCCGCCGCCACUUCCUCCUCACCCCCGCAGUCCGCCUCGUCGUCAAGGCCGCCCGGGGACACGCCCGCUCAUGCCCUGGCCGCCGCGCCCGGUUCCCUUCUUGACUCUAUCGUCGCUAGUACUAGCGACGCGCCCAUCCGGCCCCUCCGCCAACGCAUGCAGAAAUGA